AACGCGAUUGUCUGGAUUGUCUGGGCUGCGACUUUGGGUAGACAACGAAAUUGUCCCUUAUCAGAAAUCAAAUUCGGAUCACGAUUACUCUCGAAAUAUUUAUGAUCUGGAACAUUCGAUUUUUCAUUUUAUCAUUUGCUGCACAUAACUAAGGAUUAAGCAGUCAUUUUGGGCACAUGUUAACUCAAAUUGCCUAUUAUAAUUACGGCGAUAAGACAAAAUAACUUCUUGCGUUGUUCUUUGAGUUGGUUAAACAUGAGGCAAUUUCAUUGUACGUUCUUCAAGUUAGCGAUAAGUUUUAUAGCACCCAUUUGAUGCUGACCUAGGCCAUCGAAAUUGCGUUACUGGUCUGAUUACUGUGUUUAUGGAGUGCUUUAUAAGUGUACCUGGGAAAACCAAAAUGUAUAGACGGAUUUGGGCCUAAAAAAAGAUUUGGGUCUAAAUGCGUUACAUUUUCUUAGUUGUUUCUUUUGAUUAUACAGAGAAAAUGCUCUGAGGUGAUCAGGAGUUAUUAAUACAAUGUAGUUUGACUGCCCGCUAUUAGAAAUUGAGGCAAGGACAAGCUGGUCACCUUGAACCGAAUUGAGUUUGCUUUUCACAAUCGCUUUCUGUAUUGCCCGUUAAAAGUGUCAAUCCAAGGAGAGUAUGCAGCCCCUACCAACAACCAUUGUCCUUUGAACCCUUUGACCCACUAUGUGACGCUUUAAGGUAUUUUCCUUGAGAUCUUGCUAUCGCCUUCGGAAAGUGCUAAACUUAAGUAUAUUUUAAGGCCAAGAAAGCAAACAAACCACGAGCUCAAA